CUUCGCCUCAUGUAAUACGUUACCAUACGCGCAACCAAGGCGUUUUAUGAACCACGACCUUACCCCGCGACUGGCUUCAUUUCGCGACACCUACCAGACAUGUGCGGACGCUAUUAUGCUGGUUCCACGCGCUCACCAUGAGGAUCUUCAUGGAUGAAAAAUUAAAAGGAAUCAGGAUGGAACUACCAUCAUUCGGGGUAAUUGCGUAGCAUCAUGAGUAUGUUCGUUGUCGGGCCUGGCACCAAAGGGACGUUUUUUCCAUAUAGGGUCGGCGAUAUUCCACAGUCGGGAGGACAGUACUCACUCUUGUGCUCACUCUGUGAGUGCGGGACUCCGAGAUGACGACAAGUUUCCACCUCCACAUUUUCUCAGUUUCGACAUUUGACCCAUUUGAUUAUUUGAUCAUUAUGGCGUUUAGGGUCAAAUUUACAUACGGUUACCGCCCAGUUACCACGUUUUCCGAAAUGAUUCACACCUAUCAGCAAGCUAUCAGAAAAAUUUUAUCUCGCCUUGGUCCUUACUUCACCCUUUCCUUUAUGGAAAUACGGGAAUUGCUUACUGCCGCCUGUUCAGGUAUAAAAGAGCAGCCAACUUCCUGUUCUACUUUUCAUCCCCCAUCUCUCUUGCGAUCGAAACGAAUCAUUGUACACUUGACGCGUCCGCACCUUUAUCUCAGUUUGUUUCCUACCCUCCAACGUUCAACUUACCACUUCACCAUGGUCCGCCUUGCAACUCUCUUCUUCCUCGUUGCUUCCCUCUACACCGUACUGGCUGUCCCCGUGCCGUCCAACUCCAGUACUGGAGACUCGCUCGAACAGCGCAGUCAAUUCUGGGGGCGUGCCACAUUCUUCUAUGUUGGCUUAGGAAACUGUGGAUGGAACAGUGUUGAUUCCGACUGGGUGGUGGCCCUAUCAUUGGGCUCAAACUACGACAACGGUGCCCAUUGUGGUCGGAACGUUCGAGUCAAUGCCAACGGUGUCUCCCGGACGGCCACAGUUGUAGACUCGUGCCCCUCAUGUGGAUGGGGAGAUCUCGACAUGUCCCCAUCCUUCUUCCAGAAUUUUGCCUCGCUUGAUGCCGGCGUCUUCCAAAUGUCUUGGGAUUGGGCUUGAAAGCCACUCUCAUUUCUAGACCUAUAGAAUCCUCAACCAUAGAGGCAAGUAGCAGGAAUCUCCUUGCCAAAUCGUAGAAGAAAAAAAAGAUAGAGUGCACUGGGUGCAACUGUAUUGUACCGGGUCUUUUGUGUAUUUUUUGAUGUCGUUUGUUGUUUUUUUAUUCUCUCCUACGUAUCCUUUUUAUUUCGGGUAUUACUAAACCGCGGUUGGACGUCGACGGUCGCGAGGCACGGUUCACUUGAGGUGGAUGUCUCUUACCCGUUCCUCCCGGUGGCGAAAGGGCUUGUUUGUUGUAGUGUUACGAAAAUUAUUAUACUUAACGUAGAAUCCUUGUUCUAGAAAUUCAGAUACUUAUCAUUAUCGUUGUAAACAUCCUUACUACGGGUGUUCAAAAUUGCAAUAUUCAACGUUCAAUGUUUAAGCCGAGUGUGUUCGAUUCCAGUG